AUGGCUGAACAGCAAGACCUCGCUCAGAAAUUUAUGGCUGAGCAGCAAGCCCAAGCCGCAACAAUGAGAAAUUUGGAGCGUCAAAUGGGACAGCUUGCCAGUGCUCAAAACACUAGACCAGUUAGAGCUCUUCCAACCACUAUAGAAUCAACAUCCAAAAAAUCUAAGGAGGCAGAGAAGCCAGUUGAAGAGGCGGUGGCUGAGCAACCCCCACCAUUGGUUGCAAGGCCACCACCUCCUUUCCCUCAAAGAUUGCAGAAAGUCAAGGAUAAUGUCACAUAUAAAAAGUUUCUUGAUAUUUUGAAGCAGAUGCAAAUUAAUAUUCUAUUGGUUGACAUAUUACAAGAAGUGCCCAAAUAUGCAAAGUACAUCAAGGACAUAGUGGCAAAUAAAAUGAGGUUGACUGAGUUCGAAACCGUGGCACUCACUAAGGAGUGUAGCUCAAGAAUUCAAAGCAAGUUACCUCAGAAAUUGAAGGAUCCGGGGUUGGGUGAGCCGCUCCCAACAACAAUAAUCUUACAACUGGUUGAUUGCUCCCUUGCUCAUCCUGAAGGAGUGAUUGAAUAUGUGCUAGUUCAAGUGGGGUCUUUCAUAUUCCUUGCUGAUUUCAUUAUCCUGGACUACGAGCAUGAUCAGGAAGUCCCAUUUAUUUUAGGGCGUCCAUUCUUAGUCACGGGCCGAGCUAUUAUUGAUGUUUGCGAAUGA